UGCCGCUGCUACGACGGAGGGAUCGCGCCAUCCCGCGCCUCUCCUUGCGCGUUGUCGUGCAUGAGGCGGAGCUGGAGGAAGUGGAAGGCUUUCGUCGACCUUUUUCUUCGGAGAAAGGGGGGCCCUGACAGUCAGUCAGGAAGGAACAUGAUUGAUGCGAUGGAGUCAGCUCAAGAAAGCUGUAGCGCAGGCUGAGAUAUACGUGCUGUAGGGGGUACCGAGGGACUAAUAGAUCGGGCUCGCAGCUCUUUUCUGUGUGUCUGUGCCAGGCAGCCGAGAGAGAUUACAGGACGGGGCAGGUUUUCUGUCGGAGAGGGAGAUAGUUGGGAUAGAGAAUUAUCAGGUCUAGUGGGAAUAAAUUGAUCAGUGGGAUUGAUUGACGACGCGUGGACAAUUUGCGGUUGGUGCGAGUAAUCCCGUGAUUUAGCGAGGUUAGUGAAAAUGUCGAGCGAGGAGGACGAUGAUGAAGAGCUGCUGCAGAGAGCUUUAGCGGAGCAAGCUCAACGCGAUCAGACUUACAAAAGACCACCGCAAUAUCCUCCCCCUAGCAUCUCAUCCGCUGCCGCGGGUCCCCCUCGACGCACUCCACCUCAAACACCUCCCAAAAGAACACCUCCUGCUCCUCCUCCUGCGAUGGAAGACGAGGAAGAAUCGGAAGUAGAGCUUCUUAGCAUUUCGUCCGAGGACGACGAUGCGCCUCCUCCUUCCCGUCGACCUCCGACUGCGAAAGAUAAGGGCCGUCCAAUUGAUGACGACGAUAGCGAUUUGGAGUGGAACGAAGAUGACGAAGAGCCAGAAAACUGGAAUCAUGUUGACCAGGCUGAGCUGGUCCGGAGGGUGCGGGAGAUGCGGGAGACAAGAGCUGCUCCUGCUGGGCAGACUACAGCACGCAUUCGUCGGUCUAACACCCUUGUUGAGGCUCCUAGGGGCGAGGAUUUGCUCGACCCAUUAGGACUCGGACCUAUCAACCUGAAGGCGCUUACACUUUCUAGAGAUACUGAAGACUCUCCUGCGGCACAGUCCAGCAGCAGGCGAAAAGGCAAUGACUAUCAAACUUCUCAGGAAGAGCCACCUCUAGUCCGCGACGCCGCUGCUAGAGAGAAGGUUAUGUAUCACUCUGAAAACUUCGACCCCAAGUUCUUCUUAGCAAGGAUUCAUCAAAAUACAAGUGCAGCGGAACUCGAAGCUGGAGAGGGUGCACUGAAGGCUAAUUUGCAGAACCGCAAAGAUCAACUCAAGAAACUUGUCAAAGAGAACUUCGACUGUUUCAUCUCCUGCAAAAACACUAUAGAUGAUAUUCAUUCCAAAUUGCAACAAAUAGAAGCUGAUCCAGAAGGUGCUGGAACAGUUCACCUUAGUAAUGCCAUACAAACUGUAGAUGCCGUCGCAAAGCGAGCCUUCGGACCCUUGCUAGAGCGGCAGGCACAAGCAGAACGUAUUCGCUCGGUUCAGGGCAUGCUUCAGAGGUUUCGCACCCUUUUUAAUCUUCCCAGCAUUAUUCGAAGCAGCAUCAGCAAAGGCGAGUAUGACUUGGCGAUUCGAGAAUAUAAGAAAGCGAAAUCUUUGGUGCAAUAUACCAACGUCCGCAUUCUAAGCAGGGCCCUGGAUGAGGUGGAUAAGAUUGUGCAAGAGUUCAAGGAUAUGCUUUACAAAACUAUGGAGAAUCCUAAUGUUGACCUGACGCAGCUGGACAAUACAAUUCGUCUCUUGCUCGAGCUUGAACCUGAUUCUGAUCCCGUCUGGCAUUAUCUAAGCAUUCAGGACCGAAGAAUCAGGGGUCUCCUUGAAGGAUGUUCUUUGGAGCAUGAGGCACGUAUGGAUGCUCUACAGGGUCGAGUCCGGGAGAAAGUACAGUCUGAUGCCCGGUGGAAGCAGUUGCAGCGGGAGUCGAACAAAGCUUCCGACGUAGAUUUCAAUCUUCUUUUGGGAGAUCAAGACAAGGAAGUUGGAGAAAAUCAGUUCAAAGAUUCUACUGGGGAGGAGUCAGAUGCUCUAUUGGGACGUCUCAUACGCAGACUUACUGCUGUCAUUGUGCAACAUGUUCCCAAUUUUUGGAGGCUUGCUCUUUCCAUAUUCAGCGGCAAGUUUGCUAAGGUAACGCAGCCGGGUGCUGUCAACGGAAGACAGAAUGGCGCAUCCAACCAUGAUCCCGCACUGUACCCGUAUGAAGAACACCCCGGUUCAAAGUACACCACUCAUUCUGAGGAAGAGGUUGUGACGAUGGUUCACUGUAUUAUAUCUCUGUAUGAGACUAAGGUACAAAAUGCAUUUAUCGCUCUCGCGGAGGCAAAUGUGCUCCGCCCUUACAUGAAGGAAGCUUUGAUGGAGAUCUCGAAGGCGUGUGUAGCUUUGGAGGACAAGGAUUGUGCACCUAGAAGUGCUGUACAAGCUCUUCUGGUUUUGCGCACAGAGGUCACUAGAGUAUUUGUGCUUCGUGUCUGCACCUUGAUGCGAGGAGCUACCGCUGCACUUGUUCAGGAAGAGGAUUGGAUUCCUGUUCCAACAAUUGAGCGUGGUGGUACACCAUAUGCGAUAUCCGCCUUGCCCCUUCGUUUUCGUGAAAUGUUGGUCGUGACAUUGGAGCAUAUGGCAGAGAUGAUUCAAAGACUAACUAACAAAAAUGUGGAACUUCAUGAGGAUCUGUCCGCUCAAGUCCGUCAAAUGCAGGACAAUGUGAGGAUUACAUUUGUCGAAUGUUUCCUUGACCUCGCUGAAUGGCUGGAUAAGUUGACAGAGGAGAUAUCUCUUAAUCCACAUCCAGAGGAUACUGCAGGAGGUGAAGGUGGCACUUCAGCAGGAGAAGAUAAGGUUAUGCCCCUGAUAGCGGGCACAGAAGUCACCAAUUACCACCAGAGAUUGCUCAUGGUCUUGAGCAAUACUGCGUUUUGCAAGAGCUCGCUUCUACCUGAUCUUAAUCAAAAAUAUCAACUUGUUUGGAGUUAUUCGAGCCAACAUCCAGCAUCAAAGAGCAGGGCACAUGAAGAAAGCAACGUAUCAACGAUAGAGGAAGCAUCGAAUGCUCUUUCCACGCUAGAAGAGAAGAUUCUGAAUCAUUACAACCUUGCUAAGGCUUCAGUGGUGGGAGUCGCCGCAGCAGCUUACCUUUUAGAUGAUGGCACACUGUGGGCACAAACUCCUCCUAUUAAAGGUAUCAGAGACAAUGCUGUUGAGCUUUUGCAUCCUCUGGUGGCAGUGCAUGCAGAGGUGUUUGCGGGAGCGAAGCCCUUUUUGGACAAGGUUGUCAAUGUCUUGGUUGAGGGAUUGCUCGUUGCUCUUCUUAAUGUGUUCACUGAGAACAAAUUUAAGGUUCUUCGAAUCCUCGACGUAAAUGGAUACUCGCAGCUUAUGCUUGAGUUGGAUUUCAUAGAUGCCGUACUUGAAAGAUAUUUCACAUCCGCAGCUAGGGAGGCAAGUAUUGCCCUCCGAGACAUGCUCCUAGAGAAGGUUUGUGAGAGUGUCAAUGAGAUCCAUCAGGCCGAGAUGUCUGGGGCCAGCAGGCGUUCCCGAGGGAGCGAAGAUGUUAUGAUGGACCAGGGUCCUUCUAUGUCAAGAGAAGACAUACAGGCAUAUGCCCAUCAGGUGAGUGCAGAUCAUCUGCCUCUGGAGUUAAGAAGAACGCGCGUGAAUGUUACUUGUUUCACAGAGUCAUUACCAGAGUUCAGUCCUGGAGCAGGGAGGCGCCCGGCUCUCCAUGUUGGAAGGCAUCCUUUGGCUCCAGGUGGGUCUAUCAUUGCUCGCCAUCUCCGCAAGUCAUCGGGUUCGAGUCUUGGUGGAGAGUCUGACCCGGGUAGACUAAGUGUGGGGCUCCCUCCUCUUUCUCCUCAACUUGGAUACGCCAGCUCUGAUGUUGGUAGUGAAACAAGCAGCAAAGGCGCUCCUUCGGACCGCUUCUCAAGACUCCAAUCUGAAUCACGACUUCAAACUGACAACCGUGCGCGAACGUCGCGUCGUACAAAUAGCAGUAACUAUGGAUUGUAAGAAUAACAACAAUGAUUCAGUGUUUCGAUUUAUAUGAUAUCUCUAUUUAUCCCGAAGUACGGCAGCCCAUGCUCUGCCAUAUCCAACAUUGUGUUCGCUUCCAAGACCGCAUUGGUCACACGAGAAAUACAAGACUCGAGCAAAUGAGCUGGAGUCCGUCAGCUCGGUCUCUUUAUUGGAUUAGUUCUACACGCGAAGACCAUUGAGCCGUCUGCUCCUGUUCGCAGCUUCUCUAGAGUUUUUCAUCGCAGGAAAUAGUUUGAAUCGCUCUUCUCUAUGGACAAAACUGCUCCCCAAUGCUGCAACCACCUCGUCAGGAGAUAUUCAGUUUGAGUGAGUAACCAUUAUUUGACAAGUUUGCUGAGUCCUUAAGUCUGCGCAAAUAGUUGUCAGUUUGAAUAUAGCGGAUGCCACGAGAAAUUUCUGCGAGAAGUUUUCUGGAUGGAGAAGAUGGCUGUGGUCUGUCUUGCAGAAAAUGCUUGUAGGGUUCUGAGGUUUGUAAAAUCGGUACAUGUGCUCGUGCUUCGGCACGCUGAGCACCUGCCCUAGUCCUCUGUUCGAUAUUGAACGCUUGAUUGUCCAGUAAUGUUCUCGGAAUUAGCUUGCUGCUUGUAGACUUC